AUGCGGAGCGGUCGGAUUGUCGGGUGUGUCGGACUCCUUCUCAGUUCAGAAGACCCUGCCGGAAGAUGUGUCUUCGCCGUUCGACGCCCGGAGUCACCUCCACGAUACUACGAUGAUCAUCAAAACGUGUACGAAUAUUCUCUUGAUUCAUAUUGUCGACACCAUACGGUGUUAUCUGGUGCAGCAACGUCGAUGUUAAGAGUAGAAUAA